AUGGGGCUGGUGGACAUGGACAGAGGGCAGGAGGACUACGACCGGCUGCGGCCCCUGUCUUACCAGAACACCCACCUUGUGCUCAUCUGCUAUGACGUCAUGAACCCCACCAGCUACGACAAUGUCCUCAUCAAGUGGUUCCCUGAGGUCACACACUUCUGCCGAGGGACGCCGGUGGUGCUCAUCGGCUGCAAGACGGACCUGAGGAAGGACAAGGAGCAGCUGAGGAAGCUCCGGGCCGCCCAGCUGGAGCCCAUCACCUACGUGCAGGGCCUGAGCGCCUGUGAACAGAUCCGAGCUGCUCUCUACCUGGAAUGUUCUGCCAAGUUUCGGGAGAACGUGGAGGAUGUCUUCCGAGAGGCUGCCAAGGUGGCCCUCAGCGCUCUGAAGAAGGCGCGGCGGCAGAAAAAACACCGGCUCUGCUUGCUGCUGUGACCCCAAGGCAGGAAGCCCGCAUGACAGCACUGACAGGGCCCGGGUCCCAGGCCCAGACUGCACCCCGGAUCCCGCCCUGUCCCCAGCUCUCCAGUGCCUGGCAUGUGAGGCUUGUGGCUAGACUCUUGGAACAUUCUGGAACUCUCUCCCAGCUGAGGCUCUGACCACAGACUCACCCCCGGGCCCUCCUGGAGUGCAGCAGUGGAUGAGGGUGCCGGGUUCUCGUCCCUCUGUGCCCUGGAGCCAGUGACUGUUCCCCGGGCUCAAGAGUCCCUCUCACAGCCACCCCCACCUGCAAGUGUCCCCCUCUGCAGACUCAGCAUAUGCUUGAAAUCCACACCUGCCCCUGUGGCGGUUAGUAUGGAGUUGGCAUUGUUCCACAUAGGCGCCCGAGUCCGCAGUUCUCAUGUCACCCGCCUCCCGGGCUCCCGAGAUAGCCACGGCUGCAUCCUCCAGUUCUUCCUUCCUUCCCCCAGGAACUCGGGGGCCACCGUGGGGCCAGUGCCUAUCAGGAGGCAACAGCCCCGGACAAGGAGCUGGCACCAACCCCUCCUCCAUCCCACACGGAAGCCCUCAGGCUGUCAGCUGGACCACCGUCUUUACAGAGUUGGGCGUGCGUGCCCAAGGGGGAGAGGAAACAGUCUCAGAAGUUAAAAGAACACCCAGGACCACUCACUUGACCCCCAAGGUCUUGCCCAAAGCCCACUGCCAGAGACUCCGUGGAAAGGGCCACCAGAACCCUGUGUGGUCAUAGGCGAGUCGGCUUGCUCUCCCCAUUGGCAGCAGGACAGAACUGGCCCAUUUAAAUGGUCGCCAAACUUCCUGCCUUCCGUCCCUCAUGGCCUCCGUGUCUACUGGCCUGCAGCGUUCAGCAGCCUAGACCGUCCUGCCACUUUUGAGAGAUCGGCUGGUGGAAUUGGCCCCUGCCCACGUGGGCGUUUUCUCAAAACUGGUCCAUGGACCACCUGUGGCAGCAGACACCAGACACCUGAGCCCGACCCUUCUUCCGGGAGGCCUGGGGUAGGGUUCCAGGACUUUUGAACAAGUGGCCCAGGUGAUUCUAAUGGCCAGGAGAGAUGGAGGGCUGCUUGGUGCUGAAGUGAGCCUGGGAGUUGGUGUUACCUAAAUGGCAUAACGGCUUCAGGUGGCUCCUGUCUUCCCUGGUACCUGCUGCCUCAGCCUCCUUUGCCCGGUGCUGGGGCCUCAGGUAAGCCUGAGCAUCUCGAGUCAGGCUGCCAACGGAAGGGGCCUUCUGAAACCUGUCCCACCCCACCUAGGCUCCCCUGCCACCUUCUGGGUUAUCAACCAAGGCCCUCUUGUUAUUAGAGAGUUCAGGGCCUCAUGGACAAAUGGUCUGAGGCAGAGGUCAGCAAACUACAGCUUGUGGACCACAUCUGGCCUCAGCCCGAUUUGUGAAUAAAGUUUUAUUGGAAUGGGCCACCCAA